AUGUCAAAGAAGACAAAGAAAACCAAAGAACAGAUCCAAAAGGAGUUUCCCUUCGAAGCAAAGUCUCGCAUCGUCGUUCAAGGACAUCAAGAAGAAGAGACUGGGAUCCGUUCUGAUUCGCCCACAGCCUCGUUGCUUGCAUUCAACCUCAUUUGCUCCAUCUCCGUCUUGCAAGGUUGGCCAUUGGUCGCGUGCGAUGCCUCGACAGCCUACUUGCAGUCAAAGGGGAUCAGCCGCUUGCUGAUUCUCAGGCCGCCUCGGCCGCCUCCACCUGGCAUACUGCCAACCGAUCUCCUUCGCGCCAAGGGCUCCAUCUAUGGCACAAGAGAUGCUGGAAGGUCAUGGUGGAAGAAACUCUUCAAUGCCGUCAAGGCCCAAGGAUGGAAGAUGUCAAGCAUUGAGCAAGCUUUGUUUUACCUUUUUGUGGAUGGUUCUCUCACCGGCAUCAUGGCUUCACACGUUGAUGACCUCUUCUGCACUGGAACCGGCGAGAAGUUCUUCGAAACGAUCAAGAUCCUCGAGAAGGAGAUCCACCUAAAGGUGAAGCAGGACGACUUCAGGUUCUGUGGAAAGAAUGUCAAGCGCAUCGACGGGCGCGUUGAACUUGAUCAGUUUGAUGCCAUUGAAAGCAUCGAGUACAUCGUCCUGAAGAAAGAAAGGAGAACAACACCGAAUGCCCCGCUCACUGAAGAGGAGAAGUCCGAGUUCAGAGGACUCAUUGGCUCCAUGGGUUGGGUGACCCGUCAGACUCGUCCCGACCUCCUUGUCAACGUGAGCCUGGCAUCCCAGACCAUGGGAAAGCCCACCAUCCAGAACAUCAUUGAUUUGAACAAGGCGGUGAAGAUGAUGAAAGAAACUUCAGAAGCGAAGUACAUCUUCAACCCCAAUGAGAGGUUGACUUGGGACAACGUCAUUGUCUGCGUCUUCGCGGACAGUAGCUUUGCAAAUGUUGAGAUGAAGUCGCAAUGUGGCUACAUCAUCGGCCUCACCAUCCCCGAGAUCGCAAGUGGAGAAGAAGUUCCACUAUUGCUCCUAGAAACCUAUUCAGGAAGCAUCAAGAGGGUCUGCAGAUCAACGCUUGCUGCAGAGGCAAACGCCUUCCUGAUGGGCUCCGAAGCUGGUGACUAUGUCAGGUCAUUGAUCCUGGAGAUGAAGCAUCCAGAGCUCUCCCUCAGCGACAUCGAGAAAGAGAUGGCUCGCCCUUUGAUGAUCGCCAUCACGGAUGCCAAAUCCCUCGAAAGUACAAUCACAAAAGAUGCAGGUCAACCGACCGACAAAAGAGUGAAGAUCCUAGUUUCCCAGGUGAAAGAGAUCCUCGGCUACACCAACUACGAUGACCACAACGAGCAGGCCAUCUGGUGUGACACGGCUCAGAUGUUAGCCGAUGUGCUGACGAAAGCUGGCUGUGAAAGAGAGCCGAUCCUCCAGGCCAUGGCAACGAGCAUGUGGCGACUCCGGCCCAGCGAAGAAGCUUUUGCCAGAAAGAUGGCGAUUCGAGCUGGGCGUCACCGACGCAAGGCCGUGAAACGGUCAGGAACUGAUGCUGCCUCCAAAGCUAAGGAGGGGUCUGAAAUUGAGAAGCAUGAGAAGCAUGGCAGGUAA